AAGAGAGAGGGGUCAGGAGCAACAUUGGGAAAGAGGAAAGGGAGCAGAAGCAUCCAGUUUAGAGUAUCUGUACCUGGGACAGACGCGCACUGCUGGCUAAUGCCGCUGCUGGAUGGACGCCGCCCACCUGCACGCUUCCAGCACUUAUGAGACCGACCUGCGCGCGCAGACAUGCAUUUCUACUAUGUGGGGGAUCACACGUGGGCCACCAUGUUGGGACAGAGCGUGCGGUUACAGCCAGUUCCCAUCCAGAGCCUAUCGGAGCUGGAGCGAGCCAGGUUACAGGAAGUCGCUUUGUACCACCUGGAGGAGAGGGACCUGGACUUCAAGAUCAGCAUCCCUAAAGAAACUCACAAGCGAAGAAAAUCUCUGCGCAGGAAGUUUGACUCCUUUUCAAAGGAAAAGAAAGAGCGAGAAUCGGCUCCCAAGGCCUUUGGUAUCCCGCUCUCCCAGGUCAUCGCCAACGACCGGGCCUACAAGCGGCGGCAGGAUGCUCUGAAGGAGAGCAGGCGCGACUGCCUCGACCUGGAGGCGAGCGUCCUGCGAUUCAGGGCGGAGAAGCGUCAGUUCUUCAAUGGGAGCAGACCUCUGGUCAGCUCCUCGUCCAUCACAGGAGGAGGUCCGGGUUCGCCGUCUGCUAACUCUGUGGCACCGGCGCCAAUUUCUGACCCUCAGAACAAACCGCUGUCACCCACGUUUCUGGAUAACACCGGACGAGGACAGAGAAGGUCAUCACAGGCUGCAUCUUCAGGUCUUCAGACUGUGGGUAUCUUCCGAGUCGGCAGCUCCAAGAAGAGAGUGAGACAGCUACGGGAGGACUUUGACGUGGGCGUUGACGUCCAGCUGGAUGAAGAGCACAGCGUCCACGAUGUGGCAGCACUGCUCAAAGAGUUUCUGAGGGACAUGCCGGAUCCUCUGCUGCCCAGAGAGCUCUACCCCGCCUUCCUGCAUGCCAAUUUUCUGAGAGGAGCAGACCAGCUGCAGUACCUCCAGCACCUCCUCUACCUGCUGCCUCCCUGUAACUGCGACACACUGCUGCGCCUCCUCACCUUGUUACACACCGUGCAGAGCUUCGCACAGGACAGCAUAGGAACCAACGACGAGGAGAUCCCCGGAAACAAGAUGACGGCCGCUAACCUGGCCGUGAUCUUCGGGCCGAACCUGCUUCAGAAGGAGCGCGGGGGAGACGUGAGCCCGCAGGUGAUGGGCAUCGAGGACAGCACGGCGAUCAUCAGCGUCACACUGAUGCUCAUACAGAACCACAGGAGACUCUUCACGGUCUCUGCAGAGCUGCAGCAGGAGGUCCUGAUGAGUCUGAUCCAGACCGACCCGGACAUCAUCGACUACCUGCUGCGUAGGAAACUCAGCGGCAGUCACCUGACGGUGGAGAGCGGCAGCGAGUCCACAGGUCGCAGGGACACGGGGGCGUCUCUGGACUCAGUGGGAGCCUCCAGCGGCAGCCUGUCCCCACUGGAGCCCCCGUCACCGCUUUUCCCCCCGGAUGGCAGCGGCGGUGAUGGCAGCCUGACCAGCGAGGUCUUCCUGAACGUCCUCAAACUGAACCAGAACAGGAAGCGGCAGGACACCAGAUACGGUGAGGUCCCUCCUGGUAAAUCCAUCCGCCACAUGCGUCAGUUCCACUCCCACCACAACCUGCUCAGCCUAUCCCAGUCCUCCUUCUCUUCCUCGUCCUUGUCCUCGUCCUCCACCCCCAGGCUCAACGCUCAGGACUCGGAUGCCCAGGACCGUCGAGGCCCGGGUCUGAGCUCCGCGCUGAGCUUCUCUCUGAGCUCGAGUCUGAGCGGCUCGACCGAGAACAGCAUCUGGGUGAGGCAGACGCCGCAGGAGGAGAGCAAGCCGUCGCCGACCACUAAUUUCUGGGACUUCUUCACCGGGAAAGGUUCGGGCUCAGAGACGAUGGUAUGAUGAAGGGAGAGGAGAGAAACAACCGGUCAAGUUCCAGAUUCACUUAAAGAGACGCUUACUGGUGUAAAUAAUACAGGUCUCUCCCUGACAUUCCCACUUGACCUCAUAACCAUCCUGCUGUGGGUUUUCCAAGCUGGAAGUUGGAAUUUCCCACAUUUUUUGGCCCCUCUUGAACUCAGCAUGGGUAUGAAUGAAAACUAGAAGCAAUGAAGGACACAAACUUCUCAGACACAAAAAAACGAAGGAAGAAUAAAUCAGUGAGAUUACCUGAAGGUGGAUCCACUAAUAAAAACAUGUACAGGAUGGAUUCAUAUUUUAAACCCUGUUUCUACAACUGCAUCUUCUGACACUCAGUGUACAGAAACCAUACCAGGCAUACUCCGUUUGUUUGUUUUUUCCUGCAACCUGCACUAAGCUGCUUUUGCAAAUGUGGUGUAGCUGCUUAACAUUCAGUAAUGAUCUCAAACACCCGCAAAGUGUGUUUCCCCAAUGAGCACUGCAGGGCAAAAAGCUCAGUGUGAUUGCAUCUGCAGUAAAUUUGGUUAAAAUGUCGAUUAUUAUACCUGAAUAUGUAAUUAGGAUGUUUCACAUUGAAUCUGUGCCCCUGAAAAUGGUUAAAUAGCUAAAAAUUGUACAUAAAAAAGGCAUUUCGAGAAGGUUUUCACCUAUAAAUCAGCCCUUAAAGCUGCAGCAGGCGGCUUUUGUUUCUCCCAUCAAUGGAGACAAAAAAAACCUUACAUACGCCUGUUCCCCCUCUGGGUUUUCAGGUUUUAGAAAGUAAAGUGCGGGACUUUGGCCAAACAUGAGUGUUUGCAAAACCAAACAACAACAAAAAAACCCUGAUCAUUGCCAUCAAAUCGUGCUAGGAGUGGUGUUUUAAGCAGCGCAGGCAAGCUAAGCACAAAUAAAUAGAAAUAGUGGCAUUGGUGUCCCUCACUUACGGUAUGUAAGGCUAAGUAUAAAUUAAGAAGCCUGUGUAGGUUCCCAGUCGUCCAGUUCACGAUGGUCCAGUCACCUUCUGUUCAAGCUCUUAAGACUACAAAUUAAGAUCUAUGCCGAAGACUUUAACCUGGGAUAGUGGGGUUCAAACCCAAUAUGAAGCCAAAGCUCAGCAUAGGUUUAUGUUUUAUGCUCUAAGAACUCUGUUGGGUCGGACUUAAAACAAACAGCCCCUGAUUUUGAGAGGACUGUUCUUUAUUUCUGCCUACUUCAGCUUUAAUGGUAAAUGUGUCAGUGUGAGUGGAGUCAGCCAAAGAUUGUCUUCUUUAGUUUAAAACAGUAAACUCUGUCUAUUAUUCUCUGACUUCACAUCCAUAUUUUAAUUCUAGAUUCUGCUUGAGUAGCUUUACAAAUCGUGCAGAUCAUCUUCUGUCUGAAACAAGUAUUUUCAGCCCCCAUCUUGAGAAUGUGGCAUGACUGUGUCAUCCGGACUGUGUCCAAUGCACUUGGGAUCUGUUUCCUUUGAAAUGUUGCUUUAAAGAUGAAGACCAGGUGUGCAACCACUCACAGUCAGUUGCCGUCUUCAAAGCAAUGUUAGCUCAUCAAGGCGGCAAUAAGGCGGAGUCAGCCUGCUGUCAGUUUAGGGUUGGGAUUUGUGAUAAGAUGGCAACUAAUUAUAAUAAAUCCGUGAACAUUGCAAACCUGUUGCUGUCUAUAUAAGCAGAAAUUCUAAUUGACAUUAACUACUUACAUUCAGUGUCCAGCCGGAACCUCAAAGAUUUAGAUUUAAAGCAGAAAUUCCUCCACAAAUAAUGACGUAGUUGUUGCAGGACGGCAAUUUAACUGCAACAUCACAUAGUUGCUCAGCAACCAGGCUUUUAUAAAGGAAUAUAACCAGAAUACAUACAGCUGGAAACCAGAUGGUAAUCCAUCUGCAUUUAUAAAUAAAACCGCACUUAUUUGGAAACCUCUUCCAGUCAGUCAGGAAGGUUGCCUCCAAUUUUUUGUGCAGUAACCUUGAAAUCAAAUGGGUUUGAUUUGAAGUCGAGGAUGUUCAUUGCCCAACCUCUGGGUGACCAUUUGGUUGCUGCAACUUCCUGCAAUCGACAGCAAAAAAAAGAUGCAAUCGUCUGGCAGCCAGUGAGAGGUUUCCAUUCCUGUUAGUAUGACUGAACCAUAAGGCAGGUGUGCCUGAGGUGAGUAUCAACCCUCACUGAUGUCAUACUGAUCCAAGGCUGAUUAGCUGGGGUUUUUUCAGGGAUUAUUUUUACAUACUAAUUAUACAUUUGAUUCGUUGGCCUUGGUGUCUGAAACGUUGGCUACUUUAACAGUAUGACAUCUAAAAUCUAAGAAGGUUUUCUUUUUUGUAUUUUAAAGCAGCUCAGAGGGACUCCUGCUAUUAUCAGCAGCACAUCACACUCACACCAGUUUGGUAAUAUGGAAGUCAAAAGAUUGAAAAUGGAGCCAACGCUGGUGGACUGAUCAGAAGUUUCUUUUAUAUAAUGAAAGUUUACUUGUAAUCACUACAAGUUGUGUUGCCUUUGAGUUGUAAGCAGUUCUUUUCACAGAUUGAGUCACUUUAAGUUCCCCACUUGUAAAUAGCAAUGAAGUCUAUCCAGAAUUCACCAACUUUUGGUAUACUGUAUUUUUUGUAAACCAGAUUUAACAUUACCUCCAUAUGUCACAUCAUAUCAGUACAGAGAUGUGUUCCCAACCAAGUCCUAACAUUUCCUCUUAAUACCAACAUAAUGUGAUGCACUGAGCGGCCCAGUAAAAGCUGCUUUUCUUAUAUAUUCGAUCAGAGAGGAGAAGCAGCCCUUCAAACUUGUCUGUGGAAGCUUGUUUGUGCCACUAUAAAAGAAAAUGCCAUCCAUAUGUCAAUAAAGUAUAACCCUCGCUUACCAAUAAUUGCUAUAUUGCUAAUUGUUACAUUUUAUUCAUUUGUGGAACUUCUUCCUUUAAGGCACCAGGUGUCCAUCUCACAAUUUUGGGUUAUCAUCACAAACCCUACCUACUAACUCUAUCAUCUAAAACAAUAGUGUUUUCAGUGUUUCAAGUCAUUUACUCGAUAUCAAGUUUAAAAAUGUU